GGAUUGCUGGGAAGAAGAAGGAGGCUGUCGAGGUUGGGACUUUGGAGAGGGAGGUAUAGUUAGAGCCACUGUCUGAAAGGAAUCAUCUUCAUCAGGACCAGCAUCCAUAUUUUCAUUGUUCCAGUGUGAACUUGAAGAAAGGAAAUUUGAUAUCACGUCCCACUUCUUGACUCUGACCUCAGCACCUGCACCUCAGCCAUGAUGGAUGAGGAGAUCAUCGAGGAGAAGGCCAAGCUGAAGCAGGGUCUGGUCAAAGUGCUUCAGUGUGUGGCCACCAUCUCUUCAGCUGCUGCUGUAGUUAACCCCAUCUUUGGUGUUGCCGGUUCCCUGAUCCGGGUGGUGCUGCACCACAUCGAUGAUGAAGACAUUCGUACUCUGAAGCGCGAGUUUGCGUCAGUCAACCGAGGGCUGGACCAGCUCUCCCAGCUGAACCGCAGCACGCUUGUGCAGAUUAAGAAGGAAACGCUGGACGGCCAGUACAAUCAGGUUGAAGAAAACCUGAAGCACCAGUUCAGAAAGUUCAUGGAGAUGGUGGAGGCGCGGCCGCAGCACCGCGAGCGCAAGAAAGACGACUUUGAGGAGAGUUACGCCAACGAUCUGGGUGACCAGAACUUGCACACGCUGUACGACGGCGUGGUGGGGAAACGCAAGCUGUUCAGUAGACCCAUCCUGGAGGUCUACUUGAAAUACUCCCAAGGUGAUCGCCAGACAAUGGAGCGACUGUGCACGCGCCUCACCUACCUGUUCUGCAUCGGGCUCAUCGCCCUCAUGGGGUACGCGGCCGUCAUCGGAGAUGACGAGGAGGGCCUGAGCGAGGAGUGGGCUGAGAAGAUGGAGCACGUACAGGAGAAAAUGCAGGAAGCUCUUAGCAGGUGCAAGUGAAGAACCGUGAAGAGUCGUCGUCUCUGCUUCAUCAGUGCUUUUCUUCAGUUUUCGGACUCGCCGGUCCACAUUCCUUCUUUCAUUUUCUCUCCCAAUGACAACGUCUCCCUUCACUGCUUUAAAAGCCUGGUGAUUGCUGCACAUGUGAGCUGUGUGUGAGACAUGAGCAUGGCCUGUUUCCUGCUGCUUUGACAUCGAUUGGCUGAUUCCUCAACUUAAAAAAAAAUGUUACUGCAGUGGUUUCAGCUCAUGGCAAGAAAAGAUAUAUUAAUCAUCCAUGGGUUCAGUAUGCUGCGCUAAAGAAAUUGCACACACAUAAUUAUACAAAAAACAUUAAAAAGUACUUUUUUUUUCGUUCCAGGGCAUCAAAUACUCCCGUUCUCAGUUGCUCACACAAGGUGUGCCAGACUUUGCCAGAUAGAAGACUUUAGUUCAUGUCCUUCAUUGGACAUUUUUGCUUGCUGAUUAAUUUGCACUUGGCUUAGUUUAAGCAGAGUCCCUGUGGUUAUUUAACUGGGACCAGUCUAACCUGAUUUAAAAAAAACACAAAACACUUUUAAAAAGUUUAACAACUUGACGCCAAAAUAAGAAAAAGCUUUAAAAAGCUUUCCCUCCAUUGAAGUUGCACAUAUGUCUCUGAAAUUUCUGUUCAGGAUUCUUUGAGCACCGCAAUCUUAGUUUGGUAUCAAAUACAGCCCCCUACCCAGUGUGUUUAAAUGUGACACUAAAGUGUCCUUUACAAGUAUCUGUAUGUGAUGUGUUGACAGUGAGUGCGCCGCCUCGUUAUAGCUUUAACCAGUGCUCGUUCACAUCUGCUCUGUCUCUGGGAGAGUCUGGUGGCUUUGCGGGAAAAUGAACAGAAGCAUUUGAAACCUUUGGAAUGAGAGCUGACUGUCAAUGCAUCAGCUCCAUAUUUAAACGUAAUCUAUUGCAGAGCUUCCCACAGCUUUACAUGCAGUCUAUUCCAGCCAAAUGCAGUUUGUGAAAAUAUAUUACACUACAAGAAAAUCAGUGUGACGGCAGGAGAAACCAGCCUUCAGAUGAAAGAGUUCAACUAGAACUAGAGACAAGCAUCUCAAAGCCUCAUAUCUAUGACUCUAAUAACCGACUACUGUGAUAUAAUCCUUUAUUGAAUAUAAUCAAUCGUGUCAUCUUAAGCAAAUUAUCAAAAUCUGUGCCACAUAUGUUUUACUUGUUCUUACGUUCAAUUUAUUUUACACUAAAGUGAUGCUGCUGUGCUGAGUUCUUUAUUUUCUUUUCUAAGUGCAGAAAAUAUUUGAAACAUUAAGACACUACAGAUUUUUCAUGCAGCACUACACCUGCCAAUAACGAGCACUUCACUGGAGCAAGAAGCACUGAAUAUGUCAUUAUUUACCAUUUAUGAGGUCAAAUUAAGCAAUGGCUGCAGUUCAGUUUCCCCAACCUGUAAUACACACCUGUGGUAUUUGAGUUUCUAACGGAGCUCUCGUUCUGUGCAGCUGUGCCACUCUUACUUUUCUAUUUAAUGUGCACUACAGCUUUUUAGUGAUGCAGGAAAUGCACCAAGUAUGUAAGGAGAUAUCAGAGGGUUUAUUUGGUGGGAGGUUUUUAACAUCUGUUGAGCCGUCAUUUUCUUUAAGGCCAUCCUGAGCAACUAUGUAUCAUUUUUAGCGUUUUGUGUCCUUUCCUGUCUGAACAACAGUGCCUGAAUGUCCCGUUUUUUGUAUUUUUUAUUAAGGGGUUUGUUUUAAUGCAGUCUUCAUGUUUUGAACAAUUUCUCUUAUUUUUCUAGAAAACUGGUGAUGCCAAGAGUAUCAGAUGGUUGGUGGGUUUACUGCAUUAGAACACAACGUCAGUUGUCACAGUGUUUGUUGGAAAAGUUAUCCAGUAACACCUCAGUUAAAAUUAUUUUUUUAGUAUAUAUAUAUAUAUAUAUAUAGCCAUACUUUUCUCCUACUUUUUAAACACAUAGACUCUGUUACAGACUGGUUUAUGGUUCUGUUGCAGUGUGCCGCCAUCUUGUUACAACACUAUAUGCUACGUAAAUAUAGUUAAAAUUCUGUUGAUAUUUUGGGAGAUCAUAUGGCCCUCUUUUUGGUAUGCCCUGUAUGUGAACAUGUUGCCUUUUUAGUUCUGCAAAUUUGAUGCCUGAUUGUAUAUGCACCAUAAAUAAACAAUCAAUAAUA